AUGAACGCUUCUAAUCAGGAAGCUGGGCAAGACCCGAAGAGAAUUCCUACAAUUCAAGAGAUGGAAAGUUGGAACGAUGAGCAAUUGCUCGAAUGGAUCCAGGAAAUACAACCAAACAUUUUCCGCAAUAAGAAGGAGAACGUUUCGACAUUCAAAGCGGCAGAAAUCGAUGGCUCUACCUUCUUGGAUUAUGCAGGGGAUAUAGACUUCUUCAGCAAAACUCAACUGCCCCCUGGAGUCUAUGGUGCUCUUGCAUCCCUUGCAAAAAAAGUUAAGAAACAGAACGGUCAAUCGGACCAGACAGCUGGCCAAAAGAGGAAAGAGGAUGAAACAGAUUUAUCUGACGGGUCGCCCAUUUCGUCCAAAAGACGUCAAAAAUAUAAAGAUAAAGAGGAAGAGGAAGAUGAAGAGAAAGUCAUACAAUUAGCCACUGAAGCCAAUAAGCGAAGAAAGGCCGUUAAGGAUAUAAUUACUCAGAUGAACGACUCUCCUGACCAGCACUCCGAUUCUAUCGAUCCUCUCCCUGGAGCUAUCGAUAAACUUUCCGACCCCACAUCAAAUCACAUACUCGACUUUCCAUUUAUCGAUAGUAUGCCAGAACGAUUCAAUGAGCUCAAUAUAGCUGAAGGAAAGUGGCUAUAUAUGGGGAGAACGAUGUUCAAAGACUUUCUCCACGAGGUAAAGGAAGUGCGAAAGAGUCAGGUUUAUCGAAGAUGUUGGCUCUAUGGAACCCAGGGCUUUGGGAAGUCUCACCUUCUAGCCGCCCUUGUCUGCUACUUUGCUGCUCAAGAUGAGCGAGUCGUCUAUCUACCGGAUUGCCGAUGCCUGCUCGAUGACCCUGUUUCCUACGUCAAAUCAGCAAUGCUGUUCGCUUGGGCCGACGAUUUCACCACCCAGAAGAAGAUUAUGGCCCUACGCACUCAGGACCAGAUCGAGAAAUUCUUCAAGUAUCAAGAAAAUGUCAUAUUUGUCGUUGAUCAGAUGGAUGCUUUAAUAAGUGAUGGUAUUCCAAAUAGGAAGAUGGCCCUAACAUUAUAUAACUGGAUGAUUCGUUUCGCUUUUUUCCAUAAAGCAAUUCUCAGUUUCUCUGCCAAUUGUACGACGAACUUCGAGGUGUUCGGAUAUCAGACUCCGUGUCAUGUGGUACGCGUCUAUGGCGGUUUCAGUGAGACGGAAAUGAAGCAGUGGUGGAAGCAGCAUCAAGAUAUUAAAUUGGGAAAGUAUUCCCGGAAUAAGGUUGAAGACGUUACGGGCCGCAUCCCAUUGCUCUUAAACCAAUGCAUGGUGAAUAGGGAGUUUGAUUUAACGGCCCCCAAAUUGAUCCAAAUCUCUGACGAAUCUAUGGCGUUUACGCAGCGAAUCAAGUCUACUACUACGAAGUAUGCUUGGGAGUGGUAUUGCAACUACGUGAGAGCUUGCGUCCGUAACGAGCCUGUACCAUAUGAAUGGAGGCAAUUCCUCAAACUGAUCGACCAUCGAUACUUUUAUCAUGAUAAGGACGACGUUGGACGGUAUACCUGCGGUUUAGUUCGUGACGCAGUAACAAAUAAGCUUCUCGAGUUGGAUGUCACUUUUAUCGACAUUUACUUUCUGAAUUCAUUGCCCAACUUUAUCCACAAUCGAUCUGUCGUCGGGUUUAUGGUGGAAUACGCCAUCCUCACAUUCAUCCGGUCACAAGGUUUAACGAUUAGUAAAUGGAAUAGCAAAGGUAUGGAGUUAAGCUUCUUUAAGACUCAACCCGAUAUUCAGUUCGAUAUCCGCGAUCAGCCGAUACUUUUUCGCCCCCAACAAACCAAUUACAAGACGAUAGAUGGAAUGAUUGUCUUCAUCAAGAACCCUAAAAGAACCGCAAAAGGGGAAAAGCCGACAUUACUCCUCUUCCCCCUUCAGAUCACAGUGGCCAAAAAUCACUCGAAUUCUUAUCUAGGAUUCUUGCAUGAAUACCGCCAGUGGGCCGAGCAACAACUAUUGACGUUUAAUAUUAAAUUAGAAUUCCUCUGGAUCACCCCAAAUAGGAGCGGCGUCAUACAACACCCACCUAAUUCACCGUGGCCUAGACACCAAGAGCGUUAUAUUCCUUUCUCGGAGGUUAGCACAGAUAUCUGGAUUAGGUACGAAAGAGUAGAGAGAGCCGAAGAAGAGAAAGGGGGCGGUGAAAGGGAAGGAGAUAAUAAAAGGAAAGACGAUAACGAGGGAGAGGAGAAAGUCGAAGAAGUCGAAGAAGUCGAAGAAGGCCAAAGAAGUGGACGCAUAAUACGGUCUAAAGCAAAGAGAUCUCGGGUAAGACGAUCUAGAGCGUACUAG